CAUAGGGUCACAAAGAGUUGGACACGACUGAGUGACUAAAUCACCACCUGAAGCGAGGAGGCUCCAAGGGAGAGGAAGCCCUGCUUCCCACCCCUACCCCCACAAUGUGUCCCCCAAGUCCCUGGGUGCCCAUUGUGGGGGUUCAGAUACUCCAGGACACAGUUCUGCCUCAGGGCCCAGAGGCCAGAGGAGAAGUCAGACAGGCACAUGAGGGAUAAUUCACUGAGCCAAGGAUUCCAAAAGGGCCAUUUAGAGAUGGCCCUCUCUCCAGAGGAGGGCAGGCUGAGGUGGGAACGUGAGGACCCACCUCCCCAGAAUCUGGGAGAGGUGCGCAGGGAGAAUCCUCCCCCUGCAGAGAGCAGCAGGGAGGAAGUGGUGCAGGGUCGCUGGGGCUCCUGGGAACAUGUAGUGACUGUUUGGCAGGGACAAAGGGAACCUGUCCAGGGGACGUGGUGGAUGGAACGGCUGGCUUGUGGCCAGCCUGGGUAACCAUUUCAGCACUUCAAGCGGUCUCAGUGGCUCUCAGGGCUCUGCCAUUUGCUUCUUGGAGCUGUGUGACCCUGCCAUGGGCUGGAAGAAAGUGUGUGGGGGAGCCUUGUCCAAGCCUUCAGCCCCCAACUGACCACGUCCUCCCUUGGUCUGCCUGUGACUUAACAGAGACCACACCCUCCGCAAAGUCAAGGGAGGUUAACAUUUGCCUCCAGACCUCAGCAACCGCCCCGCCACCCCCGCCAGCAGAGAUGGCCGUGGGUGGGAAGCCUGGAAUUCUUCCAGGCUUGUUUCCAUGCCUGUGGAUUCUGGUGCCCCCUCUGAUGUGGGUUAAGAACCCACCCGAAAGGUUGUGAAAGGUGCCAGUGAAGUGACAGGUGUGAAAUGCCUCUGACCAAACAGCCUAGUUUGUCUCUUCUAGAUGAGAAGAGGGCCUCUAGAAACGAGAACACAAGCUGGACCACAGGGUCGGUGAGAGGAGGGGACCCAGAGCGGUGGGCUGCCUAGGGGGUGUCCGGGGGAGGGUGACCAAGGCUCUCCUUUCCCCUUCACCACGGGUAAGGGCCCCGCGUGUCCAGGCAGGAUUCACACUCAGGUAAACCCCCCACGACCUCUGGGCAGCUGCAGCGGUUACAAUGAUAACUGGAGGUAUCCGGACCUUCCUGUGGGUCAGGCCACGCGAGACUUGGUGCUUUCCGCUGUGUGGAGCACGGGAGAGGGAGUGACUAUGAGCCGGGAGGUCAGAGAGGGCAGGGGGGGCCGUAGUUAGAUGAGACGACUCACGGGAGGGCGACCCGGGGAGCAAGGAUUCCUGGCAGUGAGGACUUUCUGGCUCAGGCGUGAACGACUCUUCUUGAGAGCCGUUUUGGUGACGUAGGGGCGGUUCCACCAGGAACCAGGUGGUCACAGCAUAAGGAAAGACGGGAGAGGAGAUAAGAGAUCUCCUCUUCCAAACUCUAAAACUGCGAGAGCUCUGACCCGGCGUUCUCACAACUGGCGUAUUGACUGUUACUGUAAGCCCGCCCCGUCUGCUCCCGCGCGCCCCGAGGCCCCGCCCCCUCGAGCGACCUAUCGCGGUGGGAGGGCGGGGCUAUGCUAUAAGCGGUGGGAGGGCCUAUGCUAAUGAGCCGGUCUGGCCACACAGGUUGCGCCCGCAGCUGCCCGGAGCCCAGGCUAGGCGGCGGUGGCGAUGACCAUGGCCGGGGCGCUGGCGGGUCUGGUCGCGGGCUUGCAGGGCCCGCGGGUCGUCCCCAGCCCGGAUUCGGACUCAGACACAGACUCGGAGGACCCGAAUACCCGGCGCAGCGCGGGCGGGCUGCUUCGUUCGCAGGUCAUCCACAGCGGUCACUUCAUGGUGUCGUCGCCGCACAGCGACUCGCUGACCCGGCGGCGCGACCAGGAGGGGUCCCUAGGGCACGCCGACUUCGGGCCGCGCAGCAUCGACCCCACACUCACCCGCCUGUUCGAGUGCAUGAGCCUGGCCUACAGCGGCAAGCUGGUUUCCCCCAAGUGGAAGAAUUUCAAAGGCCUCAAGCUGCUGUGCAGGGACAAGAUCCGCCUCAACAACGCCAUCUGGAGGGCCUGGUACAUCCAGUAUGUGGAGCGGAGGAAGAGCCCCGUGUGUGGCUUCGUGACCCCCCUGCAGGGGCCUGAGGCUGAUGAGCACCGGAAACCGCAGGCCGUCGUCUUGGAGGGAAAUUACUGGAAGCGGCGCAUCGAGGUGGUGAUGCGCGAGUAUCACAAGUGGCGUAUCUACUACAAGAAGCGGCUCCGUAAGUCCAGUCGGGAAGGGGAUCUCCUGGCCCCAAAGCAGGCGGAAAGGGGGUGGCAGCCGCCGGAGCGAUGGUGCGAGCAGCUCUUCACCAGCGUGGUGCCCGUGCUGCUGGGGGGCCCGGAGGAGGAGCCCGGUGGGCGCCAGCUUCUGGAUCUUGAUUGCUUCCUGUCCGACAUCUCUGAUACGCUCUUCACCAUGACACAGCCCAGUCCCACACCCCUGCAGCUGCCACCCGAAGAUGCUUAUGUGGGCAAUGCUGACAUGAUCCAGCCGGACCUGACGCCACUGCAGCCCAGCCUGGAUGACUUCAUGGAGAUCUCAGAUUUCUUCACCAACCACCGCCCCCCACAGACGCCUACACCGUCAAACUUCCCAGAGCCCCACGGCUUCGGGCCCAUGGUUGACCCGGUCCUCGGCAGUGGGAUCCUGGGCUCGGAGGUGCCCCCUGCCUGCUCGGGCAUGACCCACCUCUCAGGGCAUAACCGCCUGCAGGCUCGGAGCAGCUGCCCUGGCUCCCUGGACUCCAGCACCUACCUGAACUCUGAUUUCCUCCUUCCUGAAGACCCCAAGCCCAAGCUCCCACCCACUCCCGCACCCCCACCCCUCCUCCAGUACCCUAGCCCUGCCAAGGGGCUGGGCCUGGAGCCCUGUCCCCCGCCCCCCUUCCCUCCCAUGGCCCCGCCGCCUGCUCUGCUGCAAGAAGAGCCCCUCUUCUCGCCCAGGUUCUCUUUCCCAGCCGUCCCUCCUGCCGCGGGAGUGUCCCCGCUGUCUGCUCCCGCGGCCUUCCCACCCACCCCGCAGCCUGGCCCAGGCCCCGCCCCCGGCCCCGCCCCCUUCCCCAUAGACCUGCUACCCUCCGGCUAUUCAGAGCCCCACUUUGGGCCUCACUUCCCGGUACCCCAAGGUACGCGGCCCAGAGGCAAGCCCCCUGCCCCGUCCCCCAGAGGGCGGAAGCCCGGCACCCGCGCCGUGGCCCCUGCCACUGCCAGCCCCACUGCCGCUGCCGGGAGCAACAACCCCUGCCUCACGCAGCUGCUGACAGCCGCCAAGCCUGAGCAAGCCCUGGAGCCACCGCUUGUGUCCGGCGCUCUCCUCCGGCCCCCAGGGUCACCGGUAAGACAGCGGGCACUGGGAGGUGGGGCUGCACCCUGGGCCUUCACCCCGACUCUCUGCCCUUCUCCACUGCAGCAGGACACUCUCCCCGAGUUCCCCUGCACCUUCUUUCCCCCGACCCCGGCGGCCCCCACACCACCCCUACUGCCUCCUGGCCCGGCUGCCCCGGCCCCUCCCAGACCCCUGAUUGUCCCCAAAGUGGAGCGGCUCUCACCCCCAGCACCCAGCGGUGGUGAGCGGCGGCUGUCUGCAGAGCUGACCUCGCUGCCAGGCCCGGGGGCCCUGAGCAUCUGUAUCUCUCCCCCACAACCCAUGCUGAGCCGGGGCCGUCCAGACAGCAAGGUGGCACCCGUUGUCAUCCUAAGACAGAAAACCGGCGCAUCACACACAUCUCUGCGGAGCAGAAGAGGCGCUUCAACAUCAAGCUGGGCUUUGACACACUGCACGGGCUGGUGAGCACGCUCAGCACCCAGCCCAACCUCAAAAUGAGCAAGGCCACCACGCUGCAGAAGACAGCCGAGUACAUCACCAUGCUUCAGCAGGAGCGCGCAGCCAAGCAGGAGGAGGCCCAGCAGCUCCGGGACCAGAUUGAGGAGCUCAAUGCCGCCAUCAA